CGCAGCUGGCACUCUGGAACCGGGGGCCGUCUCCGCACCCGGACCCCGGACCCCCGCUCUCCCCUCAGGUGUGCGCCUCACCUGCCUCCCCAGCGCUCCGCCUUGCUCCGAGCCGCGGUCCGAAGACGCAGGGCGCCGCACGCGUCUGCUGCGCAGAAGUCAGCGUGGAGAUGCCGCCAGUCAGCUGCAGCACCGCUGAGCCGCACUAGACGCCAGGCAGCCCGUGGCUCUGGCCGCGUCUUUCGACAUGAGCAGCGCACAGCCUGCCGCCGAAGGGCGUGCUUCCGACGUCGAGAUCCUCUCCCAGCACGUGGACGAGGGCAGGAGCUUCAACCCCGGGCCGCUGGUGCCCUUUGCCUACCGAGACUUGCCCCUGGCCGCGGCCGACCUCUCCGCCGCGGGCUCGCAGCUGCUGUCAAACCUGGACGAAGACUGCCAGGAAGGGUCCGCCUGGCUGCAGCCGUGCUGCGGGAAGAGAGCGGCCGCGUGGCAGGUGUUUCUGCUCAGUGCCAGUGUCAACAGCCUCCUGGUGGCCUGUGUAGUGCUGGUGGUGACGCUGCUGACCCUGGAGCUGCUGAUCGACGUAAAGCUUCUCCAGUUUUCCAGCGCGUUCCAGUUUGCUGGCGUAAUUCACUGGAUCAGUCUGGCCAUCCUCUCCGUGUUCUUCUCAGAGACCGUUCUCCGGAUUGUGGUGCUCGGGAUCUGGGAUUACAUCGAGAACAAAAUAGAGGUGUUUGACGGGGCGGUGAUCAUCCUGUCUGUGGCCCCGAUGGUGGCAUCCACUGUGGCCAACGGGCCCCGGAGCCCCUGGGACGCCAUCAGCCUCAUCAUCAUGCUGCGGAUCUGGCGGGUGAAGAGGGUCAUUGAUGCGUACGUCCUGCCUGUGAAGGUGGAGAUGGAAAUGGCCAUCCAGCAGUACGAGAAGGCCAAGGUCAUCCAAGACGAGCAGCUGGAGAGGCUGACGCAGAUCUGCCAGGAACAAGGGUUCGAGAUCCGGCAGCUGCGGGCGCAUCUGGCACAGCAGGGCCUGGACCUGGCUGCGGAGCGGGAGGCAGCGCUGCUUGCCCCACAGGUACGCGGCCGGCCACACAGCCGCUACCACGCGGUGGAGGAGACGGCGACCGAGGGCCUCGUGGAGGGGCUGCGGCCCUCACCAGAUAGCGGUGCCCCAGAGCCGGCCAUGUGUGUGGUCACCACAGCUGCCAUAGACGUCCACCAGCCCAAUGUCUCCUCUGACCUCUUCUCGGUGGACGUGCCCCUGAAGCUUGGCAGCAGCGGUACCCACGUGAGCACCUCCGAAAGCGCCUCCCACUCCGCUCGCAGCUCUGUCACCCGGGCCCAGAGUGACAGCAGCCAGACGCUGUGCUCCUCUGCAGACUACAGCACCACCCGUGAGGAGCCGUCCUUGGAGCCUAGCCUCUCCCCCCUGCCACCAUCGCCGCAGCAGCAAGUCCUGCUGUCCUCCCUGUCUGAGGACCCCUGCCCAUCCCAGAAGGACUCGGGCCCAGUCCCCUUUGGUCACCCAGCCGGCUCUGUCCACAGCAGUCCCGAAUGGGAGCAAAGGGCAGGUCUGUUCCAGCGGGAGAAUCCGGAAGGCUUCACAGUCUUUCAGAUGGAGCCUGCCACCCACUUCCAGUCUGCUGCACCCAUGCUGUGGGAGAAGUCCACAUCUUUGGCAUCCAAAGAGCAGACACGGCGCCGGGUCCCUAAAGGGUAGAGACCCGUGGUAGGCAGGGAAGGCAGACACCUGUGGCCCCACGAAAGACCCAGGAGCCCACCUGGCCACUCUCAGGGUGCUGCCUGCCUCCAGGAAGGUGAUGCCCAGAACAGGUGCCUCCUCUGGCCCUGAUCACGGGAGGGCAGUACUCAGGGCUGGGGCUUUUAAACCACUUUCACAAAACUAGCCGGUGGCCCAGCUUCAGCAGGUGAAGUCCAGGCUCAGCCUCCAUUCCCUGGACUGUGGGAACAGCACGGUGAGCAGGGGCUGGAGCCACAUGACCCCACAGAAGACAACCCUCUGCGACUGGUUCGUUGUUCCUCAAUCUCUCAUUUCCGCAUGAGUGUUUCUGAGUCUUUUCAAGACGAACCUGGUUUUCACCUUCACAGGACAUAAGGGGAUGAAGGUGGGGGCGGGGAGGCGGCCAUUUUCCGAUGUCAGCUCCAAUAAUAAAACCAGCUGCACUGGGA